AUGCAAGAACCAGCAGCCACAACAGCACCAUCAGCCACAACAGCACCAGUGAUGCCAAUGCCAACACCUAUCCAGACAGCACUAGCCUUGGCACCUAGUUUUACACCAGCACCAAAUGCUGUGGCACCAACACCAAUGCACACACCAGCACCAACAGCCACAACAGCACCAGAGCCCACAACAGCACCCACGCCAAUCCCAGCACUAGCAGUAGUGUCAAUCCAAGCACCAGUACCAACACCCACAACAGCACCAGAACCCAUAACAGCACCCACGCCAAUCCCAUCUAUGCUAAUACCAACACCAUUAGCGUUGCCGAACCCAGCACCCACGAAUUUUGCAGCACCUAUUUGCACCAUAACGGCUAGACCGUUUCCCGAAUUGUUUACGGACGAGAAUAAAAGACCUUACUUUGGAGGGGGGGAAAUGCAGAAAAAGGAGCUCGAUCACAAAUGAAAGUCAAUUUUUAAACGGUAUGUACUGUAUUUUUAUCCCGAGGUGUAG